CUGAGCUGGACGCAGUGGGAGAUGGGACCUCUAUUAGUUCUUGUUAGUUCUCGAGUGGCAGCCUUCACGUCAGUGUCCUUGUCUGGUGCUCCCCGGUAGAGGCAGCUGCAGUAAACAGGUCCUAGUGUUCAGAAACGGGCGUCAUGAUUAUACUAUUCUACAAAUAACAUGGACAGACCAGCAAAGGAAAAAUUUACCAUCAGGUACCAGCAAAGCCUGCCAGUACUCAAGCCGUUCCGCACCACACACAGACACCGACAUCCGGUUGAUAAUGCCGGCUUAUUUUCCUUCAUGACUUUAAAUUGGAUUACUCCACUUGCAAGAAAAGUCACCAGGCUCUCUAAACUUCAUAUAAAUGAUCUUUGGGGUCUGCCAUCACAAGAGGCGUCAGAAAUAAACAGCUGGAGGCUCCAGAGGCUUUGGGAAGAAGAGCUCCAGAAGUGUGGGAAGAAGAAGGCAUCUCUCACGCUGGUGCUAUGGCGCUUCUGCCAAACCAGAUCCUUGUUGGCUUUAUUGUCUCUGAUUAUCACCAUGGUAGCUACCUUUAUUGGCCCUGCCAUCUUCAUCCGUGCACUACUUGAGUACGCAGAAUCAACAGAAUCUAAUCUCCUUCAUGGGCUAUUUGUAGUAUUUGGUAUUUUUACAGCAGAGCUUGUAAGAUCUUGGUCUUUUGCACUUUACUGGGCAAUGAACUACAGAACAGGAAUUCGACUAAAAGGAGCCGUUUUAGCUCUGGCUUUCAGAAAGAUCCUGAAACUUAAAGUAUCUAAGGAUAUUACAACGGGGGAGCUAGUUAACAUGUGUAGCAGCGAUGGCUAUCGAUUAUAUGAAGCUACUACAAUUGGCUGUAUGCUCGCUGCUGGUCCUUUAAUUGCCCUCUUGGGACUGCUGUACACUGUGUUCUUUCUGGGACCUACAGCACUAAUAGGUUCUGCUGCAUUUAUAUUUUUUUAUCCAUUAAUGAUGGUUGCAUCAAAACUAACUGCAUAUUUUAGGAAAAAAUGCAUCGGGAUCACAGAUCAAAGAAUUCGAGUUAUGAAUGAAAUCUUGACCAGCAUCAGAUUUAUUAAGAUGUAUGCUUGGGAGAAAACAUUCAUGUGCAGUAUUCAAGCUAUCAGAAGGGCCGAGAGGGUUUUGUUGGAAAAAGCUGGAUACGUGCAGAGUGUUACAACAGGGAUAGCCCCUGUGGUGGUUGUGGUUGCUAGUGUAUGCACUUUUACAUUGCAUAUGGCUCUUGGAUAUGAUCUGACAGCUCCACAGGCAUUCACAGUUGUUACUGUGUUCAAUUCAAUGACUGCGGCUCUCAAAGUAAUACCGUUUGCUGUAAGAGCUACCUCAGAAGCUUCUGUGUCCAUCUCUAGAUUUCAGAGAUUGUUCUUGAUGGAAGAAAUUGAUACUAAGAAUAAGGAGGAAACAAAUCCAGAUUUCUGUGUUGAAUUUCGAGGCGCAUAUUUGACAUGGAAGUCAGGAGCACUGGUCAGAUGUACAGAUGAGAGAAAACAUGCAACGGAAGAUCAAUCAGCUAAAAAACAACUUAUCCAGGCUACUCCAUCACACCCGGGAGAGGAGCAACGUUUAACUAAUGGCAAUCCAGUUUUCCAUACUUCUGAAGCGAAACAAACAUUCCUUUCUACUAGUGACUCCGGUGUUCCUUUAUCACUUGGUUCACCUGUACUUCUUAACAUAAAUUUUUCUCUGCAAAAGGGCAGACUUGUAGGAAUCUGUGGAAGCGUUGGGUGCGGUAAAAGUUCUCUAAUAUUAUCUAUUCUAGGUCAGGUGACUGUACUGGAAGGCACAAUAUCAGUAAGUGGCAGUAUUGCCUAUGCAGCCCAGCAGGCCUGGAUUUUCAAUGCAUCCCUGAGAGAAAACAUCUUGUUUGGGGAAGAAUAUGAUGAAGAAAAGUACAAGAGCACAUUGGAAGCAUGCUGCUUAUAUCCUGAUAUUCAGUCUCUGCCUGAAGGAGAAUUAACUGAGAUAGGGGAACGUGGUGUCAAUCUAAGUGGAGGCCAGAGACAGCGAGUCAGCUUGGCUCGUGCCCUCUACAGUUCAAGUAACUUGGUUCUUUUGGAUGAUCCGCUCAGUGCUGUAGAUGUUUACGUGGCAGCAGAGUUAUUCAGCAAGGCAAUUAAAACUGGAAUGCAGGACAGGAGUGUCAUAUUUGUCACACAUCAAUCACAGUACCUUGAGGAGUGUGAUGAAAUUUUAUAUAUGAAAGAUGGGUACAUUUCUGAACAAGGAACACAUGAGGACCUAAUAAAUUUAAAGGGUGAUUAUGCUCUUUUAUUUGAGAGUAUGCAGGAAACAAAUGUAAUUAAAGGAACUACUCAAUGUUCUACAAAACAGACUGACACUCAAUGGAACAAAAAUCAAGAUGUGAAAGUAAAAGCCAUGAAUCCUGAAGAAGUGAAUCAAGUCAAUGCAAUGAGCAUGGAGCUCUCCAGUGAGACACCUGAAGUAAAAGCCAAUCAAACAGGUGGUGAUAGUAAUCUAAAUGGACAUGUGAAAGAAUCAGAAACAGACAUGGUAGCACAAGAUUGUGGUGAAGAGGUCAAGGGCCUAAUGCAAGCAGAAGAGAAGAGUGAUGAUACUGUGGCAUGGAAGAUAUAUGGAACAUAUAUUAAAGCGGCGGGAGGUGUGCUGAUAAUCACCAUAAAUGUUUUUCUGUUUGUGCUAACAUCAGGAAGCGCAGCCUUCAGUAACUGGUGGCUGAGUUACUGGAUUAAACAAGGCAGUGGGAACAUGUCUAUUGUAACAGCUAACUGGACUCAAUCAAAUGGAAGUAUGAAGGAUAACCCUGACCUACACUUUUAUAUUUCUAUUUAUGCCAUGUCUAUGGUGGUUGUUCUUUUGCUGAGAUUUGUACGAGGCUAUGUCUUUGUUAAGAGUACACUGAGAGCCUCAACAAAACUACAUGACCUUCUGUUCCAAAAAGUCCUUCGCAGUCCUAUACAUUUUUUUGACACAACUCCUCUUGGCCGUAUCCUAAACAGAUUUACCAAGGAUGUGGAUGAAGUUGAUAUACGCCUUCCUUACCAAAUUGAACAACUCAUGCAGAAUGUGAUCCUCGUCCUCUUCUGCAUAGUCAUAAUUAGCACAGUAUUUCCUUGGUUUCUUAUAUCUGUGGUACCUCUAAGUGUGGUUUUCUACAUAAUCAACAAAGCUUCCAGAGUACUAGUUCGUGAGCUAAAACGCUUGGAUAAUAUUAGUCAAUCUCCAUUCAUAUCUCAUAUCACAUCGACUUUACAAGGAUUAACAACCAUACAAGCCUAUGAUAAGACUAAAGAUUGUCUUAAUGAAUAUCAGAAACUUCUGGAUGUCAACCAAGUGCCAUGUUACCUCUUCAGCUGUGCAACACGUUGGUUGGCAGUACGUCUGGAUCUGAUUAGCCUUGCUGUCAUGACACUGACUGCUGUGUGUGUGGUGUUCAUGCAUGGACACAUAAACCCGGCCUACGCAGGCCUUGCCAUGUCUUAUGCAGUCCAGCUCACAGGACUGUUUCAGUUCACUGUGCGUUUGGCCACAGAGACAGAAGCCAGAUUUACCUCAGUGGAACGAAUAAAUUACUAUAUUGAGAAUGUGGAAUCGGAAGCGCCUCAUCAUAUUCCAGAAAAGUCUCCACCAAAAGAAUGGCCCCAAAAUGGAGGGAUUACAUUUGAAAAUGUUGAAAUGCGUUACCGUGACAGCCUGCCUUUGGUUCUGAAGAACAUUUCAUUUAGUAUUGAGCCACGAGAAAAGAUUGGCAUUGUUGGAAGAACUGGGUCAGGCAAAUCAUCCUUGGCAAUGACCCUUUUUAGACUGGUUGAACCAUCUGGAGGUACGAUCAGCAUUGAUAAUGUCCAUAUCGAUGCCAUUGGACUGGUGGAUCUAAGACAAAAACUUUCCAUCAUUCCUCAAGAACCAGUUCUUUUUGUUGGAAGUGUCAGGUGGAACUUGGACCCAUUGAAUCAGUACACAGAUGAGGAGGUGUGGAACGCAUUAGAAAAGACUUACAUGAAACAACACGUACAAAAUCUGCAUGGAAAGCUGCAUACUCUCGUCACAGAGAAUGGGGGCAAUUUCUCAGUUGGAGAACGUCAACUCUUGUGCAUGGCACGGGCUUUACUGAGAAAAAGUCAGAUAUUACUGCUAGAUGAAGCGACUGCAGCAAUUGACAAUGAGACUGAUGCACUGAUCCAGGACACCAUUAAUGAUGCCUUUAUUGAAUGCACGGUGCUCAUCAUAGCUCAUCGCCUCAAUACUGUGUUCCAUUGUGACAGAAUAAUGGUGAUGGACCAUGGCAAAAUCAUCGAGUUUGACAAGCCAUCAGUCCUGUUGUCCAAUGAAAGCUCUACAUUCCAUGCCAUGGCAGUUGCAGCUGAAAGAAGAUCUUUUAACCAACAAUAGACAAAUAAGAAAUGAUCCUGUAUGUAUAUGUCUUAUAUGAUAUGAGUAAUUGGGCUCCCAGUACACGGACAUUUACCAUACUUUCCAACUGUCCUGAUUUUACUGGGAUAAUAUGCAAACUGGCCGUCAAAAGAGGAAAGGCUACUGCAAGCCCCGCUCUCAAUGUCUUUUGUGAACCUUACAGAGCAUUUUGGGGUUUCCUGGUGAUCCGAUUGGCGGGGCUUAGAGGGUUUCUGUCUUCCAAAAAAUGGGUAUUAAGCUGGCUGAUAUUAGCG